GCAUACACGUAAACAACCUUUGUGCAGCCUGCAGGGGACGGACCCACUCGGACGGCACAGUCGCACCGCUUGAACAGACAACGAGCAGAAAACGGGGGUCCUCCUCGAUGAAGGCUUUAUGUGAAUUCUGAUUCGCAAAUCGCUGCAGAAGCAGUCCGAUCCGAGUUGAGUCCUUCCGGAAGGGAUGGAAGGGGAGAGCAAGAAAUGGCGGCCAAUUUCUGGACUUCAUCGCACUACAAACAGCUGCUGGACCCGGAAGAGGUGGAUGUGGUGCAUCCCCUUGACAGAGAGAAGGGCAUCACUCUUGAAGAUUUCAAGCUCAUUAAGAUGCAGAUGGCCAAUAUUGUGAGAUUGGCUCAAAAUGUGAAAGUAAGACAAAGGGUUGUAGCAACUGCUAUUACAUACAUGAGACGUGUAUACACCAAGAAAAGCAUGAUCGAAUAUGAUCCACGUCUAGUGGCUCCAGCCUGCUUAUACUUGGCUUCAAAAGCAGAAGAAAGCACAUUGCAAGCUAGGCUUCUUGUAUUUUGCCUAAAAAAAAUGCAUUCUGAUGAAAAAUAUAGAUAUGAAAUAAAAGACAUACUUGAGAUGGAAAUGAAGAUUCUGGAAGCACUCAAUUAUUAUCUUGUUGUGUUCCACCCUUACCAUUCUUUGCCUCAAUUGCUUCAGGAUGCCGGCAUGAUUGAUGCAAUGCAGAUGUGUUGGGGACUUGUAAAUGACACUUAUAAAAUGGAUCUAAUUCUUGUACAUCCUCCACACUUAAUUGCGCUAAGCUGCAUACAUGUUGCAAGUGUACUCAGGGAUAAAGAAAACAUCUCAUGGUUUGAAGAGCUUCGGGUUGAGAUGAAUGUGGUGAAAAAUAUAGCAAUGGAGAUAUUAGACUUCUAUGACAGCCACAAAAUGAUCACAAGCGAGAGGAUCCAUGCUGCUCUGAGCAAGCUUACUUAAAUUAAACCCAUAGAUGGCUGGACUAAUAUGACUCUUUAUCACAAUGGGUGUGUGGAUCGAGUUUGUUAUUCUUUAAUCUGGCAAAUAGGAGAUGACUACUGUCUCAGUCUCACCCCAUUGUUGAACAGCAUUCGCUUCGCCCUCCCUGCACAACCGGCCAGCAGAUAAAGGUUUUCUCUUCUUAAGUCACUGCUGUAUCAGAUAAGUGUUAUGCACACUUCACGGUGUAAUUUUCUCUUUUCAAGAGGUUGGGAUUUCCAAUAUAUUUAUUUGAAAACAAACAGACAAUCAAACUUACUUGGCAUGUUGAAUCCAUAACAUGGGAUAUUAACGCAUGCAUCAGUUCAAUUUUUAGUGGAUAAUUUUGGCUCA